AUGAAAAGAUUCAUACUAGUAAUUUUACUUAUAAUACAUCCUUCAAAUGGUCGAUGUCCAAAAGCAACAUUUGAAUUUAAAAAUCAAACAAAAUUGGCAUCAUAUAAUUUUAUUGAUUCAUCUAUUGGAAAUAUUGGAUCAUUAGAAACAUGUCCUUAUACGGGUCGUCCUUAUGUCUAUUUACCUUGUUAUCCAAAUUCAUCUUGGGGACAUGAACCAUAUUUUAGUAAUUGUUUUAAUCCAGCAAAUAUGAAAGAACAAACAAAAAUAAUAAUAUUUGAUGAUAAUCCAUAUCAGAAUUUAACAAUUGAACAACUAGCUAAAUUACCUAUAAUUACUUCUCAUGAAAUAUCUAAUGUCUUAUCAUAUUUAAAUGAUGAAACAACAAACUUUAAAUCUUCGUAUGAUAUAGCAUUAGUUGUUAAUAUAAUAAAUCGUAUAAUAAUGAAUAAUCAAAAUACGGAUGAUAUUCAAUCUACUUUAUAUUCAAUUGCAAAUAAACUUUUAUCUCUUGAAUCAACAUUACAAAUACAAGAAGCUCAAAAGAUGAAUAGAAGUAUUGUUAAAUUAUUAUCAUUACUUGAAACAUAUUCUCAAAAUUUUAUAUUUGAUGAAUUAGAAAAAUCUUUUAUUAAAACUAAUCUUGCUGUAUCAAUUGUUAAUAGACCAAAUAGUUGGAUGAAACCUAUCAUUGGUUUUUCAUUUGAUCCAAUAAAAAAUGAAACACAAUCAAUUAGUUUCGAACCUAAUCAUGAAAAUUCAACGUUUAUUAUUCUUGAUUCUCAAAUAAUAAUGAAACAAAAUCGUUUAAUAUUUUCUGUAUAUAAUCAAAAAAUGAUUUUAUUUGAUGAUAAACAAUAUCGUUUAUUAACACGAAUUAUUUCAUUAACUAUUGAUAAACCUGAAUUAAUAAAAACUAUGGGAUCAUUUGUUAAAAUUCAUUUUUUUAUCGAAAAUAAUUUUAAUGAAAAAAAUCUUAGAUUAAUUUGUGCUUAUUGGAAUAUAUUUAAUAAUAUGACAAUACAAUGGUCAACACAAGGAUGUAAUUUGAGUAAUGUAACAGAACGAAGUGUAACUUGUAUAUGUAAUCAUUUGACACAUUUUGCUGUUUUAAUGGAUAUUGAACAAAAACCAAUACCAGAAUAUAUUGAACAAAUUCUUUCAAUAAUAACAUUGACUGGUUUAUUAUUAUCAUCAAUUGGUUUAUGUUUAACAAUUUUAACAUUUAUAUUUUUUAAGAAAUUACGUCGUCAUUUUAGUCAAAAAUCUCUUUUAUUUCUAUCAAUAAAUCUUCUUUGUGUUAACAUAUUAUUUUCAAUUAUUUGUUUAUAUAAAUUAAAUCAAUUAAAACAUUUAUUAUGUAUUAUUAUUGCUAGUUUAUUACAUUAUUUUAUAUUAUCAUCAUAUAGUUGGAUGUUUAUUAUAGCUUUAAUACAAUAUUUAUUAUUUGUUAAAGCUUUUCCAAAUUCAUUUUCAGCAUUUACAAGAAAAGCAGCAGCAUUUUCUCAAAUUAUUCCAUUGAUUCCUGUUGUUAUCAUACUUGUUCUUGAUCCAUUGAAUUAUACACAACGAACUGAUCAAAUUUGUUGGUUGUCAAGUUUACCUUUUUAUUUAUCAUUUGUUUUACCGAUUAUUUUAUAUAUUCUUAUUAAUAGUAUUCUUUAUUCAAUAGUUGCUUAUGCAUUAUUAUGUAACAAAAAAGGACAAAAUAUACGUAGUACACAAAUAAUUGAAUCUCAACGUUUAUCACGAUUUUCUAUUGCAUUAUGUUGUUUUAUUGUUCUUAGUCUAACUUGGAUAUUUGGUUUAUUUACUAUUGGAUCAAUACGUAUAUUAUAUCAAAUAUUUUUUUGUAUAUCUGCUUCUCUAACAGGUUUUUCUAUAUUUCUUCUUCAUAUAAUAACAUCAAAAACAAGACGAACUUCUUGGAAUAAUACUUUUAAAACACUUGGUAUAUCAACAAUUUAUUCUCCAUCGUCAUCAUCAUCAUCGGGUUUUCUUGGUAAUAAAGAAUUUUCUACAACAUCAAGAAGUGAUCAACAAAAAGUUUCAUCACGUCAUAUACAAUAUUCAUCUAAACCUCAACAUUUUAUUGAUGCAUAUAUGCCAUCAUCACCACCACCACCAGCUCCACCAGUAUUACCUCCACCUCCACCACCAUUAUUAAUGGAAGGUGAUGAUUCAUUAUGUACAACAAAUAUGACAAAUCUUUGUUAUGAACCAAGACAUGUUUGGGCACCAGAAACAAAUUAUAUUUAUGAAACAAAUCAAUUAACAACAUCGCUUGAUGAUUAUUCUCUAUUCUAUGCAUCGAAUCAUGAUGCUACAAAACUUUAA